CUUGAGGCAAUUCACAAAGCGCUUUAUCGAUCCAAGCGAUUAGUUGUUGUGGUGGGCGCCGGAAUCUCGGUGCAGGCAGGGAUUCCAGAUUUCCGAUCAGCGAACGGAUUAUUCAGAACAGUGAAGAAAGGGUUCAAUUUGAAAGGCAGCGGGCAGUCUAUGUUUGAUUCGUCUGUUUACAGUGACGCUGAGUCUACUGCACAGUUUCACACGAUGGUCAACUCGCUCUUUGCAAUCACCAGUAGCUCGCCUGCGACAAAGUUCCAUCAUAUGCUCUCACGGAUCGCGACCGAGAACCGAUUACUCCGACUUUACACACAAAAUGUUGACUGUCUUGAGCUCUCACUCACAGGUUUGGGGACUGCCGUUCCUUUGCCAUCAAAAGCCCCUUGGCCAAAAACCAUUCAACUGCACGGUGGGCUCAAAACAAUGGUCUGCGCCAAAUGUGGUUGGACAGGACCUUUUGACCCUGCGGCGUUUGGUCAGACUGAUACUGCCGACUGUGUUGAGUGUCGCGAGCUAGAUGACGUGCGUGCAGUUGUAGGCAAGCGGAAGCAAGGCAUUGGAAAGCUACGUCCGCGGAUAGUGCUCUACAACGAGUUCAACCCCGACGGCGAAGCCAUCGGCAGCGUCACGGCUACUGAUCUGCGUUCACGGCCAGACGCGCUCCUCGUGGUUGGAACUAGCUUACGGAUUCCUGGGGUCCGCCGGAUUGUCAAAGAGAUGGCCGGCGCGGUGCACUCGGUUGGUGGAUCGGUGAUAUGGCUGAACGAAGAGGAGCCUCCAGCGAUCAAGAUGCUCGACGACGUUUUCGAUUACAAGAUAAAGGGCGACUGUCAAGUC